UGAUAAUAAUAUGGCUUGCAUUUCAACAGGAUUUCUUGAGUGUAGGUGAAAUGGGGUGACCUAGUCCUAGUACAGAAAAUUGUUUAUGUACUUAGGGUGUCAUCUCUGAGUGUCACCAUGGCGACAGGGUCAUUUCACACCGCUAUUCAGAGGGUGAAAUGAGAAAAGAAAGAGAAACAUUUAAACAGAAACAGUUGUGAUUAACAGGACGUGGAUGGGCACACACACCCACACACACAGCCACAGCCACAGCCACUGAAGCAGCUGCCAUGGGAAUUUGGAGCAGAGCAGAGCAUUCCCCAUUUGUUUCUGGCUUUAUUUUAUUGGAAGUGUUGUCCAGAAUUGGUGACACAAGUCAAGCCAUGAUUCUUCUCAUCCUUAAUUGGGCUGUUUAGCUUUAUGAUCUUAAUGAUCAAACAGAUACACUUGAUAGCUACAGCCAGACAACUCUCAGUAUAAUCUCUCUGGUCUCAGAAUAUUGGGUGAAAGUUUGACCUAGAACAUUAGUGUCAGAAGGGUUCAGCUUCAAAGAUUUUUUAGUCCCAAACUCCCUAAAAUGGGAUAUGUUAACUGAAGAUAUUCUAGGCCCUAGAGUAAAUGUGAUAAAUUAACCCUUGAAUUUUGUAGAAGAAACCUUUAUUCAGUCACUUUUUUUCAUAUUAAAUGGAUGCAUCAGAGUAGAAUGCAAAAUGUGUUAAAUUUUAAAGGUUAAAAUAUAAGUUGUCAACAAGAUUACCUUUGAGAAAGAUACUUUAAGUUGGGCCUCAGGAGACCCUUCCAGUUUUUUCUCCUCUGUUCCUGAAAAGACCCAAAUGCAUUUGAUUUUUCAUUCAUUCAAAGCUCAAGUGAAAUAGUCACUGGCUACCCUGUUCAGAGAGUUGGGGAUUGUAUGAGGAUAUAACGAAACACUAGAACCUUGAGUAAACUAGCCAUUAUCCAAUAAGCAGUUAAAUUGUAAAUGUUUGAAAAACCUCAGAGAAUUAUCAAGAGGAAUUUUGCUCUUGGUUUUGAAGAAUGCAUGUAAGUCCCUUUUCUCGUAAGUAAACAGUGAAUUAUAAGUAAUUCCAGGUAUAAGAAGAAAAACUUCAUUAGUAUAGAUGAUGAGAGCCCUUCUGGCUCAAGGAACUCUGUAGUCCUUUGUGUGUGGGCCUCAGUCGUGAGUGCUCUUGAAGAUACGGGCAUGUACUUGAGUUAAUUCCUUUGCUGUAGAAUAAUUAUGGUAAAGAUUAUGAAUUGUUUGUAACCGAGGCUUUAAAAAGUAUUUUCAUCAUGAGUUCUAGUAAGAACUUUUUAGUGUUCUUUACCUCGUCAUGGGUAUUUCAGUAGAAAUAAGUUGCUAUUCCACAGUUUGACCACUGGGGGGAUGUAGGUUAUUUUCAUUUUUUGUAUCAAAGUCUGAAUAUAACUUGUGUAAGUACUUCUGUGGAACCAGUUUAGCUCAACCUCAAAUAAGCAGAUUUCAGGUUAAGAAGUUUUAAGUAAAUCCCUGUGCCACCUUUAAAAGCUUUUUAAUACUUAAUCGCCUAAGUCUCAUAUACUUAGGGGAUCAGUAGUGAAAAGAAACAAAGAUGUGUAUUUUACUAGCAUCAUUAUCAGCUGUGGAGUCUAAACAAGAUUCUGACUCUCCUGACUAGCAUUUUAGCUUUGUUUCUCCAAGAUAGACCUUUUCUUGAAAGAUUUAAGUCUAGGAAAAGUAAAAAGUAGUCUUUCUUGACUACUUACCAUUUAUUAUCUUUGCCUGUAGAGGAAAAGUUUGACAGUACAGUAACAUUUUUCUCUGAAAAACCAUAUGGAUAAUUAAGAAUUAUUCAUUGUAAUUUUAACUUUUAUUGACCAAGUCCAAAAAGUGCCACCACUCAAAUGAUGGGCUGGAACCAGAAUGUCAGGUACUAGCUGGGAGUCAGGUGAUCCACAGUCACAGCUAGGGGAAGCUGGAGGUGUGUGCCUCUUACAUAAUUGGUGUUUGGAAGAUGCGCUCACCCUGUCUGGGUCCAUGGUGCAUGUUCACUUGCAGUCAGAACAUUCUGUGAGUCAUCAAUCCAAACAAACAGUGAAAUGAUACCAAGACUUAAGAGAAAACUGAAGUGACUGGCCUAGGGGUUGAUUAUUGUGUAAGAGGUGUUUGAAGUGAAGGUUGCCCGAACAGAGGUCAUACCCACUAAUCUUAGGCUCUUGCCUCUCUUCUCUUGUUAGCCCUUUCUCUUUCCUUCUGGUCAACCACCAUCCUCCUUUCCCUAGCACUUUCUCUUCCGGUCUCAGCAUGGCAUUAUGGGAGAAAGCACCAAACCAGAAAUCAGGUCCAACUAAAUGGGUGGCCUUGGGCUAACUGCCUGAUGUCUCUGUAUGCCUCAGUUUACUCAUUUUUAAAAUGAAGUUUUUAUUUUUCCCUUUUUCCAGUAUCUUUAUCCCACCAUUUACCUUUCUUAACAGUUUUCCCCUUUUCUUGUCAUUCCACCUGUGUAUUUUCUCAUCACUUCCCAGUUUUAUUUCCUCUGUUUUUCCUUUUUAACCCCUUUCUCAUUUUCUUAUGUAGUUUUUCCUUAAUCUUCUUUUUCGUUCUCUUUUAUUUGCUUCUCCCUCUCCCCGAUGUCUUAUUUCCCAUUGGUAGCACCCCAAUAUCAGUUUUUUUUUCUUACUGCCGUCUGAUGCCAGGGAUCUAGAACUAUAAUAGGACAUAGAGGAAGAGGUUUAAAUUGUUAUAUGUUUAAUCUUUAGGCCAAAAAAAAAAAAACCACACUUCUCUUUUAAACAGAGGAAUUUGUGUUAACUGUUAUAUACUGAGUUAGAUAAUAAGCACCAGUGGGCAUCAUGUACUCCAGGCACACAUUAAUAUCUGUAGGUUGGGCAGCAAGCAGUGUAACCUACUGAAUCAAGCCAAAUUUUUGCCACUUCUCAUAUUGGUGAAUUUAGUUUUAAAUUCUGCCAUUUAAUAUUUUUAUUAUAUGGAUCUUAGCAAUAUAUUGCUGUGGUAAACCUUACCCGCCUCCCCUUACUUGGUCAAACAUUUGUAAAUACUGUCUUUUUGUGAUGUUUAGACAUAGAAAAAAAAGGUUAAUAAUUUGAACAUUAAAUACAUGAGGAUCAGCUAGUAUAUUGUUGAUGAAUUAACACAAUACUUCCAUGGAAUGAUUAAAAAUCCUGUCUUCAUUUCUUCAUUAGUAGAACUUCAACUAAACAUCCUUUUUCUCAAGAUUGUCUCAGGGCCCUACAGUAGUGCUUUGUCCAAUAGAAAUAUAAUGGGAGCCGUUUAUGUAAUUUUAAAUUACAUAAAGUAAAAAGAAAAGAAAAAAACAGGUAAAAUAUAAUUUUGAGAGUAUAUCAUAUUCAACAUGUCCAAAAUAGUAUCGUUUUAACAUGUAUGUAUAAAAAAUUAGAUUAUUUCACUUUUUUUUAAUUCUAGGUAUAGUAUUCUAUACUUACAGCACAUCUCAGUUGGUUCUAGCAACAUUAUAGAUAUAGCCACAUGUGGUUGAUGGCUAAUUGUAAGGAACAUCACAGCCCUAGACAACUGUAUUGAGUAAAAUAGUAUACAUAUGUUGAUUUACAGAAAGGUAGAAAGGAAAUACCAGGAAUGUUUGAUUUUUACAGUGGUUCAAUGUCAUACUCUUCAUUGUUGUACUACAGGUUAAUAUAUAACAAUAUAAUUAAUAAUAUGUUAACAUAUAAUUUAUUAUAAAUUUUUCAUUAUUUACAGGGCUGAGUACACUAUCUUCCAUUCAGAAAUUGUGAAAAUAAAUUGGGUCAUGCCAAUAUGACAAAAAAUUGUUGGUUACUGAGUUCUAGAAAGCAUGUGUAACCUGCUGUCUUUGGGAAGCUUGUUGAUGCUUAGAAAAUAUAUGAAAACUAUUUUCCCUUAAAUGAUUGUAUAAGAUUAUUUCUCUAUAAGUAUAGUUGUUUUUAUUUCUAAAAACGAGGAUGUGAUUGAUUUGGAGAAUCAUUAACUCAAUCCGUGUCCUGUGUGAUGGAAGCUGUAGGGACCGUCAUGUGAUUGGGCAGGACUUGGUACCUAUCAGUGUAAACACAUGGCACAGCCUGUCCCAUGCCCCUCCUUAUCUUCUUUAGAGAGAAGGGGUUGAGGUGUUUUGAGCAAAUCUUACUGGUAAAGACGUUGUAGGUAUUGCUUUUUUUUUUUAAAGAACCAUUUCCUUUCAGUUUUAGCCAUAUUACUGUGUGUGCAAACGGUUUGUACUCAGUUUGUCAGCAGAGUGGCUUUCCGUUUUGAUAAUUUAGAACUGUAACUUUGUCUCUGAAAAAAAGACAUGAUAAGCUAGUUCAGUUUUAAGAUGUUUUACUUAGAAGAUGAUAGUACAGAUGAAGAGAAGAAGGUUCGUGAAGGCCUAUUAAGUGAAACUGAAGGUGUUUGCCAUGGAAAGGCCCCUGCUGGUAUCCUGUUUCAAACCAUGAAUUAUGUGGGACAGCUGGCUGGGCAGGUGAUUGUCACUGUGAAGGAACUCUACAAGGGCAUUAACCAAGCUACUUUGUCUGGCUGCAUCGAUGUCAUUGUGGUGCGACAGCAGGAUGGCACCUAUCAGUGUUCGCCUUUUCACGUUCGAUUUGGGAAGCUGGGAGUCCUGAGAUCCAAAGAGAAAGUGAUUGAUAUAGAAAUCAAUGGCGAUGCAGUGGAUCUUCACAUGAAAUUGGGUGACAAUGGGGAAGCUUUCUUUGUGGAGGAGACUGAAGAGGAAUAUGAAAAGCUUCCUGCCUACCUUGCCACCUCACCAAUUCCUACUGAAGAUCAGUUCUUUAAAGAUAUCGAUACUCCUUUGAUGAAAUCUGGUGGAAAUGAAAGACCAUCUCAGAGUUCAGACAUCUCCCACAUGUUGGAAACGGAAACAGUUUUCACUUCAAGUUCUGUGAAAAAGAAAAAACGAAGGAGAAAGAAAUGCAAACAGGACAGUAAGAAGGAAGACCAGACCGCUUCUCCUGCUGCAGAAGAUACCGUGGAUGUGGAAAUGAGCUCUGACGAUGACAAGGGGGCCCAGUCAGCAAGAGGAUCUUCAAAUGCUUCCUUAAAGGAAGAUGAAUUUAAGGAGCCUUUGCUCUUCCAUUCUGGGGACCAUUACCCCUUAUCUGAUGGAGACUGGUCCCCUUUAGACAACCCCUAUUCCCCAACAGCAGUGUGUCCUAAGAGUGAUUCAGAGCUGGAGGUGAAACCUGCCGAGAGCCUGCUCAGAUCGGAGUCCCACAUGGAGUGGACGUGGGGAGGGUUCCCAGAGUCCACCAAGGUCAGCAAAAGAGAGAGAUCUGAUCAUCAUCCUAGGACAGCUACAAUUACACCAUCAGAAAAUACCCACUUUCGGGUAAUUCCCAGUGAGGAGAACCUCAUAAGUGAAGUUGAAAAAGAUGCUUCCAUGGGAGAAACGGUCUGUACCAUAGUGAAACCCAAACCUAGAGCCCCGUGUAAGCAGAUGAGCAGUGCAACUUCUGCUGCAGAACUUCUCGAACCUCCCCUGGAGCCUCCUCAGAUUUCAUCUAUGUUAGAUGCAGACCACCUUCCUAAUCCAUCAUUAGUGGAGGCUACCUCAGAAUCAAAACCUGCAGCUAAAGUAGACUCACCAUCAAAGAAGAAAGGUGUCCACAAGAGAAGCCAACACCAAGGACCUGAUGAUAUUUACCUGGAUGACUUAAAGGCUCUAGAACCUGAAGUUGCAGCCCUCUACUUCCCUAAAAGUGAAUCGGACCCUGGCUCCCGGCAGUGGCCUGAGUCUGACACGCUCUCUGGCUCCCAGUCCCCACAGUCCGUUGGAAGUGCGGCUGCAGAUAGCGGCACCGAGUGCCUCUCAGAUUCUGCCAUGGACUUGCCUGAUGUCACCCUCUCUCUUUGUGGGGGUCUCAGUGAGAACGGAGAAAUUUCCAAAGAAAAAUUCAUGGAGCAUAUCAUUACUUAUCAUGAAUUUGCAGAAAACCCUGGACUUAUAGACAAUCCUAACCUUGUAAUACGGAUCUAUAACCGUUACUAUAACUGGGCUUUGGCUGCUCCCAUGAUCCUUAGCUUGCAAGUAUUCCAGAAGAGUCUGCCGAAGGCCACAGUUGAGUCCUGGGUCAAAGAUAAGAUGCCAAAGAAAUCUGGUCGCUGGUGGUUUUGGCGUAAGAGAGAAAGCAUGACCAAACAGCUGCCAGAGGCCAAGGAAGGAAAAUCCGAGGUACCGCCAACCAGUGACCUGCCAUCAAGUGCAAAGGAGCCAGCCAGUGGCAGGCCAGCUGAGGAUGACUCAUCCAGUGAUGAAGGGUCACAGGAGCUCGAAGAAUCCAUCAAAGUGGACCCUGUUCCCACAGAGCCCCCAAGCCAUGGCAGCACAACCUCCUAUAAAAAGUCUCUUCGACUCUCUUCAGACCAAAUUGCAAAACUGAAGCUCCAAGAUGGCCCAAAUGAUGUUGUGUUUAGUAUUACAACCCAAUAUCAAGGUACCUGCCGCUGUGCAGGGACCAUUUACCUGUGGAACUGGAAUGACAAGAUCAUCAUCUCUGAUAUUGACGGAACAAUAACCAAGUCUGAUGCUUUGGGGCAGAUUCUUCCACAGCUGGGUAAAGACUGGACUCAUCAGGGUAUAGCAAAGCUCUACCAUUCCAUCAAUGAGAAUGGCUACAAGUUUCUGUAUUGCUCCGCCCGUGCCAUCGGCAUGGCCGACAUGACCCGUGGCUACCUGCACUGGGUCAAUGACAAGGGCACAAUCUUGCCUCGGGGCCCUCUGAUGUUAUCCCCUAGCAGCUUGUUCUCUGCCUUCCACAGGGAAGUGAUAGAAAAGAAACCAGAGAAAUUCAAAAUAGAGUGUCUAAAUGAUAUCAAGAAUCUGUUUGCCCCCUCUAAGCAGCCCUUCUAUGCCGCCUUUGGAAACCGUCCAAAUGAUGUCUAUGCUUACACGCAAGUUGGAGUUCCAGACUGCAGAAUAUUCACCGUGAACCCCAAGGGUGAAUUAAUACAAGAAAGGACCAAAGGAAACAAGUCAUCGUAUCACAGACUGAGCGAGCUCGUGGAGCACGUGUUCCCACUUCUCAAUAAGGAACAGAAUUCUGCCUUUCCGUGCCCAGAGUUCAGCUCCUUCUGCUAUUGGCGAGACCCGAUCCCCAAAGUGGACCUGGACGACCUGGCGUGAAAUGGCACCUCCAGGGGCGAUCCUCCGUCACUCGCCUCGCAGCAAGGGAAGGUGACCAGCACUUCUGCUGGACAGAGGACACUGGGCUACCCUCCAAGCCACAGGUGCAGAAUGGGACUCAAUGCUGACAGCCAGGCACCAGCAGGCACAGGGAGAGCUCCUGAAGUUGGAAAUGCUGUCAUCCUUCCCCUUCCUAGGCCUGGCAGAGCUGUGGCUCAGUGCCCUGGGCAAGCAGGCAGGGGAGGACUCGGACCUGACCUUGGAGGCCUGGGCUCCUAUCACUGGUCGUCCUCAUACACGCGCUGUGUCAAGUGUGUGCUGGUGCUUCUUUAACUGAAUAAUUUAAAAGGAAGAAAAAAGAAGCUAAAUAAGAGUGGACCAAAACAUGUAUAAAGUAAAAGUGUUAUCGUUUCCACUGGGCAGUUGAGAGUGUUUCUCUCUAAAACCAGGGCCUUCUUUAUGGGAUCAGGGUCCACUGAGCUGCCAAAGGUCCAGUUAGUGAUUGAUGUUGGUUCACACCGCCUAUGCACAUUUCUUCUGUGGGCGCCUCCUUCCCUCCUGUGGUGAGACAAGACACCUGCUCAGGCGGGCUGCUCUGGACAGGGGCCCAGGCCACCGUCCCAGCCCCGCAGAUGUGGGCUUCUGGGGAAGGAAAGUCCCUUAGAUCACCGUCUUCUCAGCUGUGGACAAAGCCAGGACAGACAGGUGUUGCUGGGCCUGCUUGGUGCCUAUAGGAAGAGUACUGCCAACAGCAGAAGUAGAUUGGACAAGUAACUGAUCUGUUUUCAGAGAGGCCUUAGAAAUGCAAAUACAUACUUGUGUGGGGUUCUGGAAGAGUCCUUUUCUCUGCUCUGCCUGCAGCUCAGUUUCUCCGCCUGGUUGUAAUGAGACAUGUCAGUCUCAGAACAGCACCGGGUGGGGGGGGUUCUGCCCCAUCAGCCCCUCCAGAACCGGGAGCCUCAGUGUCAACAGUCACCUCAGUGUUCGAAGCCAGAGAACUGUUGGAGAGGAGGAUUCUGUACACACACACAGGCCUCAGCUGGGAGGGAAGCGGUGAGCCGAGUUCCAGAGCAGCGAGGGGAGCUGCAGAUCCAGGCGCCCGCUGGGGAUGGUUUCCUGUCCCCGUCCCUCUGCCCACCCCCCCACCCCCCGACCCCCCGCGCUUGCCCGUAGUUGUACUGUGGCAUUCGCUCCCCACCCCCCCCCCCCACCGUUUUAGUUGGCCCCACCCCAGUGAUAGUGAUCUAGAGAUGGAGAAAUGGGAGUAGUUAUUUUUCCAGAUUGGAGAGUCGAAGUCCUUUGAGUUCAGCUGUUUCUCCCAGCACUGUUGGAUGCGGUGACAAUGGUAGAGUCCCCUGAACGCAGUUCUCAGUGGCAGAACCUGGAGGCACGUGUUCCCAGAGGAGGAAUGACACCUGCUUCUUCCAGUGCAAACCUGCCCACCUUAAACAGUUCAAAGACUAAUUGUUUAAUGAGUUUAUUUAUGUACAGUAGGUUAGGCAAACUAGGUUAUGUUUAUAUGAAAUUCUGCCCAGUUAGCGAAUCAAAAUCCUGGCAGAGCAGCGUGCCGCUAUUGAUCUCAUAGACGCCACAGCGUGUCCCCCCCAUGUUGGCUUUAGAGGGAGAACAUGAGCUUUUUAGUAGGGCUUCUCUGCACAUGCACGGUACAGAAAAUCUUCUAUACCUUCUGUAGUGCUUUUCAGGUUGUCCUUUAAAGAGUUUUUGAUUAGACAGUUUUUUCCCUUGAUAAGCUCUUCCUUCUGGACACACAGGCUUUGUCAGGGUCCAGGCCAGGAACCCGGGUCUCCCAGCCGUGUGCUGAGGGUGGCAGACCCCUCUGUCCCCGGUAUCCAUAAGCACUAGACUUUGUCAUUUUGUUGCUGCAGAUUGAUCGAUCCAGUGGGUACGUUUGCUAAUUAACGUGAGUCUUUUUCCUUAUUUAAAAGGAGUCCCUCUUGCUGAAAGUAGAUGAUUACUAUCACUAUAGUGUUCUGAAAGUAUUAAGUUUGUGCUGAAACCCAUUGCCAUUUGGUACAAAUGACAUUUGUUCUUUCUGUGAAAGAGCGUUACCCUCGAGUGUGUUUGUACACAGACCCUUACGAUGGUGAGUCAAUGAAGCGUUAGCCUCGCACUGCUUUCGGUGAUGGGUGUUAUCACGGGGUGAUUGCAAGCUGAUCGGGCUUUUCUAAGUCGUUCUCUAGGCUCCCCUGGUGAAACGGCCUUGGCCCGUCUCCCUCUCUCCAGUUCACCCUGACUUGAGUGUUUGUCUUGAUGCCCAUGUGCUGAAGAAGCUUGUCUGGUUGUGUUGUCGACAUCUGCGUCUCUGGCAGGCAUUAGGAAGUGCACGUGCAGGCCCGGAGCUUGCACACUUAGCCCCCCUGUGUGAGGACUGUGUUUGCUGUGCUUUAAAACCAUCUGCAUAGUUUCCAACUAGAAAAAGAAAAAACUUCCUAGUGUGAUGUCCUAAAAUGAAAGCUGCUGAUAAUCACUGGGAGAACAUUCAGGAACAACAGCUACGUGACUGGAAAGUGCCUGUGCCCUGUAGCGACUGCGUGUGGCCCUUUCGGACUUCAUUGUUGAAGGUGUGAGCAAGACCUUUUAAAAACAGGUAGAAAGUAAAUGCUUUCUAGUAAAUGCUAGUUGGUGAAAACAAACUCUUCCAGGAAAUUUUAUCAUCUUUUUAAGUUACUGUGGGAAGCCUUGUUUUCCUCUGCUUUAGAACAUGCUGUGUUUAAUGAAACCGGUUAAAAAUGGAGUUUUUGUUUAAAGUAAGUGCUCUUUCCAGGUGAAAACUAGUUUUUUUGGUUUGAAGGUAAGAAAGGGAGGGGGUAACUUUGUUGUUUUAAUUUAAUAAUUACAUUCAGUCUGUGAUGAAGUAUUUGAUUAUUAGCAAUGCCACUAACAAUUUUUGAGUUGUCAGAAAUUACUUGUAAACAUCAGUAUAGUACUCCGUCACGGCAAAGACAGUUAUCCUAAGAUAAAUGGCUCAUAUUUUGGUGCAGUGUUUGAUGUUCAAAACAAAAUGUUACAACAAUAAACAAAUGUAAACUGAG